AUGGAGAUACCGAUUGUGGCCCAUGCAACCAGCGCUGUGAUGCGCUGCCUGCGUCUGUUGGACUGUGGGCAUCAGUGCCCUUCUCUUUGCGGCGAAGCCUGCCCCGAUACCAAGUACUGUCAGACCUGUUGCACCGAAGAGGACAUCCUAAUGACCCCCCUGGUCAGCAAGUCCGCAAUGAUGGACUUCAGGGACGUCAACCUGGACGAGGACCCUUGUGUCUUCCCGCGCUGCGGCCACUUUCAGACCCGAUCCUUCAUGGAUGACCACUUUCGGAUCGGGGACUUUUACAACUUGGGUGAUGACGGACUGCCCUCCUCUAUCAAGGGCACACUGAAGCCAUUCUCUGUCCAGGAGAUCCCGUGCUGCACCUGUUGCCGCGGCUCGUUGCGCGAGAUCUGCCGCUACGGUCGCAUCAUUCGUGGCCCCAUUCUCGAUAGACUUCUGGAAGAAUUCCUUGCCUGGCGGAAUGGCAGGUUUUCUGAGCUCAUCCAUCGUUUGGAGCUGUGUGUGCCAGCCCUCGACUGGUACAUGGCAUACCGCGGCCUGCCGAGCACCAUCUUGCUCCACCAGAUCGCCAUCCCGGUCCGUCUCAAUGGCAACAUGCUCCAUCAGCUGCAUGUUUUGAAUGACCUCAUUGGACAGGGAAGAUACGCGGACAUGGUUAUGCUGUUCCUACACAUCCAGGACUUUUCAUAUGGAGAACUGAGAUACAGGGAAGGCAUUUUCCAGAGGGUGGCCGACUCCACAAGGCGCGAGAAUGGAAGUGGCAACCCCGGUACUCGGCGUUUCACCGAUCUCACUCGCCAGCACGAGCCUCUCUUCCAACUUGCCGGUAACAUUUACGCAAUGGAUCUCCUCCUCCGAUGCAACAUCGUGGUUCUCGAUGACUUCCUCAGACUAUGGCGCAGAAACCCUGCCGCCAGCACGAGCGCUGUCUCUCGUCCCCCAAUUCUCUUGGACUUGGCGUCAAACUUUCGAGGAUCCCAGCUUUUUAUCAAGGAAGCACGAGCCGCCAAGCUACACAUGGUCACCGCACAUGGUCAUGUCUAUUUCGCCUGGUACUGCGCCUUCGCACUGGCCCUGGGAGAAGACGCAUCUACGCAGGGCCGGCGAUCUGGUCAGGCCGUGGUCGGAGGCUCUGGAAUCCCCGUCACACAGGACGAGUUAAGACGCUGUGCCGAGGAACACCUCGCCGAGGCUGCUGCACUGUACCAUAAAUCCUUGCAAGCCUCCAAAUGCCUGAAGGACGCCAUUGAAGGCACCAGAGAUUUCCUCCGGUCCGGCAACCAAGGGAGUCUGAGGGUGGAGGGGACCCUCUGGUACACAAAUGUCACGGGGAUGUCCAACCGUACUGGUCCGUGGUACGUCUGUGGCAAUGGGCACGCGUUCAUGGACGUGAGGCGGCCGUCCAUGUUUCUGGGCCAGCUGCGCUGUAAAGACUGUGGGGUGAUUGUUGAGGGCCGCCAACACGCUUCCGAAGAGGAAGCACCGCCUCAGACGGCUGCGGCUGGACCUUCUCAAGAGGCGAUUCUGAUCGACAUCUGA